CGUAUAGUAAAACCCCUAGACCUGGAUUAGGGUUUCCUCAGCUUUUAAAAACCCUAGAAAAAGAUCUCGAUCUCCUUCUCCUUCGAUCGAUCCGGUGACUGUCUCUGAUCGAGAUCAUGGGGAGGGGAAAGUUCAAGGGCAAGCCAACGGGACGCAGGCUCUUCUCCACUCCUGAAGAGAUGGCCACUGGUACCUCAACUCGUCCUCGCACCUUUAAGAAGGAGGAAGUUGAAGACAGAGAAGAAGAGGAAUCAGAAGAGGAAUCCGCGGAGGAGUCCGAAGAAGAGAAUGAGAAAAGGAAAGGCACUGAGGGCCUCAUUGAGAUUGAGAAUCCAAACUUGGUGAAACCAAAGAGUGUAAAAGCUAAAGAUGCUAAUUUUGAGAAAACAACUGAGCUUUCGAGGCGUGAAAGGGAGGAGAUAGAGAAACAAAGGGCGCAUGAACGAUACAUGAGGUUGCAAGAGCAAGGAAAAACAGAACAGGCCAGGAAAGAUCUAGAACGCCUAGCCUUGGUCCGGCAACAACGAGCAGAGGCUGCGAAGAAACGAGAAGAGGAAAAGGCUGCAAAGGAGACGAAGAAAGCAGAAGCCCGCAAGUGAUAAUGCUGUUGUUGCAUGAAGAAUAUUUAUUUUACAGAAGAAAUUAUGUAACUUUCGCCUCUUAGUCAAACAUGCGUUGAUGAGCAUGCUUGGACUCCACUUUUCAUAAUUUGGGCAAAUUGUGUUACUUCGUUCUAUUAUUUAUUGACAUUAGGUUUACUACAAUUCUUAGUAAUAUUACUAUUUUAGUUGGUGAAUGAAUGGGAAAUAGUCUUGUGAUUUA